AUGGCUUCUCGAACAGUGCUUAUAUUUGGCUCAUCAAACGCUGGAAAGACAAGUAUGAUAAACGAGCUCACUGGCUAUAACUUUCAAGUAAAUAAUGAUGCGAAGGGGUGUACUUUUGAAACCAGACAAGUACCACCAGUCUCCAAAGGCGAAGUUCCAUACCAUUUCUUGGAUACUGCUGGACUUAAUGAAACGGAGAAAGGAAGGGUGAAAAGUAAAGAUGCAGUGCAAAAUAUUCUCAAAUUGUUACAACAUUCUAAAAAUGGUAUGAAUUUGCUUAUAUAUGUGAGACGAAUAGGAACUAUUAUACAAACGGACAAGGACAACUAUGAAAUGUUUUGCGACAUAGUUACCAACCACCAGAUUCCUGUUAUUUGUGUAAUCACUGGUUGUGAGAAUGAAGAUCCAAUGUCAGAUUGGGUGAGAAGGAAUGAAGAUGCUUUUAAAAACAAUGGAAUGAGAUUACAUGGUAUGGUGGCAACUUGUUUUGCAAAAGGUGGACCGUCGGAAUCUGUGUGUAGGCCAUUACGAGAACAAUCAGCUAAAGAUGUGUGGGAUGCUAUUAUGAACCAUGCCACCAACAAACCCGUUGAUUUUAUAAAACAGUCUGGUGGCAUAUCAGCUGUGCUUAAACGAAUAUGGAAUCAAUAUUGUACAUGGCUUAAUCAACCUACAUGGAAGUGGGUUAAUGAACAUGUCAGAGACAUAUUAGCUCGUCUAGGUUUCAGAUCCCAGGAAGCUAACCAAAUGGCAGAAAUGUUUGUGUAA